UACAUAAAUUUCUUUUGCUUCUCUAGCAACCAGAAAGAAUCUUUUGCUUCUCCAGCAACAGAAAGAAUUCUGCUCGAAAAAUAAAUUGGUAAUCACAACAAAAAGAAAAGAAAAAGUGUUACAGAUCCUCCUCUUCGAAGAUGACUGGUACGGUGAAGGAUAUCGUUUCAAAGGCAGAGCUUGAUAACUUGCGCCAGAGCGGCGCACCAAUCGUGCUUCACUUCUGGGCUUCUUGGUGUGACGCUUCGAAGCAGAUGGAUCAAGUUUUCUCUCAUCUCGCUACUGAUUUCCCUCGUGCUCACUUCUUUAGGGUAGAAGCUGAGGAACAUCCGGAGAUAUCUGAGGCUUACUCUGUUGCUGCUGUGCCUUAUUUCGUCUUCUUCAAGGAUGGCAAAACUGUGGAUACACUUGAGGGUGCAGAUCCAUCAAGUUUAGCUAAUAAGGUAGGCAAAGUUGCUGGUUCUAGUACCUCUGCAGAGCCUGCUGCUCCUGCAAGCUUAGGGUUGGCUGCAGGGCCAACGAUUCUUGAAACUGUGAAAGAGAAUGCCAAAGCUUCUGUACAAGACCGAGCUCCUGUAUCUACCGCUGAUGGUCUCAAGAGCCGUUUCGAAAAACUCACUAAUUCUCAGCCUGUCAUGUUAUUCAUGAAAGGUACUCCUGAUGAGCCUAGGUGUGGGUUUAGCAGGAAAGUAGUUGACAUUUUGAAAGAAGAGAAGGUUGAUUUUGGAAGUUUUGACAUACUAUCGGACAACGAAGUGCGAGAGGGUUUGAAGAAAUUCUCUAACUGGCCAACGUUUCCUCAGCUGUACUGCAACGGAGAGCUUCUUGGUGGAGCUGAUAUCGCAAUAGCGAUGCACGAGAGCGGUGAACUAAAAGAUGCUUUCAAAGAUCUUGGGAUCAAUACAAUUGGUUCAAAAGAAAGUCAGGAUGAAGCUGGAAAAGGAGGAGGGGUAAGUUCAGGCAACACUGGCUUAAGCGAGACCCUCCGAGCUCGGCUUGAAGGUCUGGUCAAUUCGAAACCAGUUAUGCUGUUCAUGAAAGGAAAACCGGAAGAACCAAAGUGUGGGUUUAGUGGGAAAGUGGUUGAAAUUCUCAACCAAGAAAAAAUCGAGUUUGGGAGUUUCGAUAUACUCUUAGAUGAUGAAGUUCGUCAAGGGCUUAAAGUGUAUUCAAACUGGUCGAGCUAUCCUCAGCUUUAUGUCAAAGGCGAGCUUAUGGGUGGAUCAGACAUUGUCUUGGAGAUGCAAAAGAGCGGUGAGCUGAAAAAGGUUUUGUCUGAGAAAGGAAUCACAGGAAAACAGAGUCUUGAAGAUAGAUUGAAGGCGUUGAUCAACUCCUCGGAAGUAAUGCUUUUCAUGAAAGGUUCACCAGAUGAACCGAAAUGUGGAUUUAGCUCCAAAGUUGUGAAAGCACUGAGAGGAGAAAACGUGAAUUUCGGAUCGUUUGAUAUCUUGACCGAUGAAGAAGUAAGGCAAGGGAUUAAGAAUUUCUCAAACUGGCCAACGUUUCCUCAGCUUUACUACAAAGGUGAGUUAAUUGGAGGAUGUGAUAUCAUUAUGGAGCUAAGUGAGAGUGGUGAUCUCAAAGCAACUCUAUCUGAGUAAGUAAUAUAGUCUCUCUGCGGUUUUGCCUUGGUGAGAGAGAACAUUAGUGUUACAAACAUUGAGAUUGUUGCUACUCAAGCUUUGUCUUGUUAUUUCUAUGGCUGAAUCUAUUAGAUUCAUGACUAUUUUUCUCCCUUGUAUCAUCAACAUAAUCUUUAUUUAUGGGUUAUCUUGAACACAUUUGCUUU